AUGACUACUGUAGAUUUUGUACCUCUUGACACAAAGAGCAUUCCGAUUGGGUUCAAGGACCUUCAGUGGGGAUCGGUGCAUUCUCAUUCUCAAAGGCCUACGUAUUGCACAGCGUCGCGGAGACACAGACUCUUGACUUGGACUCGUAUUGUUCGGGACAAAGCGGGAUUCUUUUUGCAGCCACAGUUUGCCUCGCGGUGGAAGACAACAGUUUGGCCUCGUUCCAUUUCAGCCAGCUACCCUUCUUGCGCCUCUCCACGGUAUCAAGAUGACCUCUGUUCAGCUGCGAAUCUACGAUUUGUCACAGGGAAUGGCACGAUCGAUGUCUCCGGCUUUACUCGGCAAGCAAAUCGACGGCAUCUGGCACACUGGCAUCGUUGCCUACGGCCGCGAGUACUAUUUUGGCGGGGGCAUCUGUGCCGAUGCACCCGGUGCCACGCCAUACGGCACGCCACAUGCCAUUGA